AUGUCACCUGUUGGAGGAAGAGGUCUUUAUCCAGUGAGAGAAGUGAAGGUCACGCUCUCGUACCCGGACCUCGUCACCGACCAGUACGGCAACGUGGGCACUUGGACGCUCAUCUAUAACCAGGGGUUCGACGUGACGGUCAACGGCAGGACGUACUUCGCCUUCUCUUAUUACACGUCGGACAACGGCACGGUGACCAGCUGGUGCGACCGCACCUUCCCUGGCUGGUCGCAUGACGUCACCGUCCGUCACUGGGCCUGCUACUACGCCGUCAAGGACACACCUGUCGCCAGGAAGGUCCACGUGGAUCCAUUCUCAGCCACCAGCUACCGCGAUUUGAUGCAAAUGAAAUUCACAAGAGAUCGCCAGGAACAGCUCGUCAACGAGAUAAACAGUGCACAGACAAUGUGGAAAGCCAAAGUAUAUGAACAAUUUGAGGACAAAACCUUUGAGGAACUAAUACAAAUGUCUGGAGGGAGGAGGACUUGGGUACCGCAGAGAGCCACGGCCGCACCGGUGACGUCUUCCCAGAAGCAGCGCGCCUCGUACCUGCCUAAGCAGUGGGACUGGAGGAACGUCGAUGGAGUCAACUACGUGUCGCCCGUCAGGAACCAGGAGCAAUGUGGAAGCUGCUUCGCCUUCUCCGCGCUCGCUGUCCUGGAGUCUCGCAUUCGCAUCCAGACGAACAACACCCAGCAGCCCGUAUUUUCAGUGCAGGAUGUCCUCGGUUGCAGCCCCCUCGACCAGGGCUGUUCUGGGGGAUUCCCCUACCUCACUGGCGGCAGAUAUGGAAAGGACUAUGGACUGGUGGAAGAGGCGUGCAACCCAUACCAGGGUGUCGACAGUGAUUGUUCGACCGACACCUCUUGCGAUCGUCAUUACACCGCUGAGUACAGCUACGUUGGAGGCUACUACGGCGCUACGAACGAAGUGACGCUGCAAGAGGCGCUGGUACAGCGAGGACCGGUGGCCGUCGCCUUCAUGGUGUACGACGACUUCCGGUCGUACACCAGCGGCAUCUACAGACACAUCGAGACACGGGUCGACUUCGACCCAAAGGUGCCGUCCAGCCACGCGGUGCUGCUGGUGGGCUACGGCGUGGACGCCGCCUCCGGCGAGAAGUACUGGAUCGUGAAGAACAGCUGGGGCGAGGACUGGGGCGACGCCGGCUACUUCAAGAUCCUGCGCGGAGUCAACGAGUGCGGCAUCGAGGCCGAAGGAGUCGAGGCUACUCCCAUACCUCUGUGAAAACUCCACCCUCCUGCCCGCUUCCACCAGCUGUCUACAUAACACCAACUGCUUCUUGUAAUAAAACAUUACGUAACAA